AUGCAUCAUAAGAGAUGGGAUACCCUAGUCUACAUCGACGGAGAUCCCGCUGAAGAACACCACUUCCGCUUCGAGAACGAAAACACUGUGUCCUGUUACAUCGCCAGUGAAGCCGGCAAGAGAUUCUCCGUACAAUGGCGAAGCGACCUAUCCAUGACAGCGUCUGUCAACUGCUUCAUGGACGGAGUGUGUAUGGGUGGUUCGAAAACCGACCCAGGGCGCAAUGGCUCUCGAUGGUACGUCAAAACAGACGACAAUAUUCGGUAUCCUUUCAUGUUUGCACCUCUCGUUCUCACCGAUGACGACGGGAUAGCGGACCCAGAUGACGUGAGUGCGGAGAGCAUAGGCAUCAUCGAGGUGGCGGUGCACCGAGUCAGGUUCUCCGGAUAUCCAUGGAGACAUACACCCAAACCGAGACCGAUGCCUGCAGACCGUGCGCCGGUCCAUGAGCGAAGUAAGAAGGCGGGAGCGCACUGUGUCUCUCUCGGAGACGGCUUCAAAGGCGCCGACCCCCCUUAUGCAGGACAACCGUCUCCUCGGGUCAUAUACAUCGACCCACCUGCAGAUCCUUACAUCAGAUUCAUCUUCUACUACAAGCCACGCGAGGUGCUGCAGGCUGACGGCAUCAUGCCCCUGAACCCUCCCCCUCGCCCCAGAGCCUAUAUCGUGCCAAAACGAGAGCCGAGUGCGACACCGGCUCUGUACGCGAAUGAUUCCGACGAUGAAGGUAGAGAAGUCGAAUCACUUCUCCGCUAUCGCGAGCACACCAUAGCACCCUCUGUGAAGUCAGGCCCGUCCAUCCGUAGGGUCAUUGAUCUGGACGCCAAGGUGAUAGACCUCACCAUUCUGGACGACUAA